AAGUUGAAUUUUCCUGAAAUUAAUAUAGAAAAUUCGUUCCAAUAUAUCAGCAGCAGGAGCAGACAGUUUGUGCGGUUCGUGCCGCAGGACGAUCAACGAUCGAUUCCUGCUAAGGAUAAUGGAAAUUUCCUAUCACGAGCGCUGCGUUCGAUGCUGCAUUUGCGGAGACCAUUUGCUGCAUACCUGCUUCGUCAGAGACCACAAAUUGUACUGUAGAUUAGAUUACGAUAGGUUGUUUGUGAAAAAAUGCCUGGGUUGCUCCGAACGCGUCUCGCCCGAAGAAUUAGUAAUGAGAGCGAGCGAGAACGAGAAUGUGUUCCACGUGAGGUGUUUCGUGUGCGUCGUGUGCGGUGUCAGAUUGCAAAAGGGCGAUUUGUACGUCAUCAAACAGGGCCAGUUGUUUUGCAGGGCAGAUUACGAGAAAGAAGUGGAAAUGAUGCAAGGUUUUAGUUACGGUGAUUUCAUUUGCGACGAGUUGAUACCUACGAAUAGAUCGCACGACGGUCGCAGAGGGCCGAAAAGGCCUCGUACCAUUCUGACUACGCAGCAACGGAGAGCCUUUAAGGCUUCGUUCGAGGUCAGCCCGAAGCCUUGCAGGAAGGUCAGGGAGAAUUUGGCCAAAGAUACCGGUUUGAGCGUCAGAAUAGUACAAGUGUGGUUCCAAAAUCAAAGGGCGAAAAUGAAAAAAAUGCAGAAGAAAGCCAAGCAGGAGAACAAUAAGGGGAAGGAUUCCGAAAACGAGGAGAAAAAAUUGAUAGUCAAAGAGGAAGAACAAAGUCCUCGUUCGACGCCAUUUUUCAACGACAGCGGCAGCGACAACGAAGCAACAACGGACGAAACGAUCCUGCAAAAUUCCACAAAUAACAACAACAACAACAACAACAGCAACAACAACAAUUUCCUGCAUAUAAAAGAAGAACUCGACAACGACGGGCCGUUUUACAAAUCCAAUAACAACAUACCACUACACGUGUUCGCAGGUUUGGAUAUGAAUAAAAGAAGAGAAGAACACUUGAUGGGUUUGACGUUUGCAGGAAAUUUGAACGUCGAACAGCAGGAUAUUUUUAUGCAACCGCCGGUUGCUCAUCAAAAUCAUUUGCACAAUAAUUCGGGACUCAAUCCGAUUGAUCGAUUGUAUUCGAUGCAAAAUUCGUAUUUUUGCGGGGAAGAACCGAUGGAACAUUAAAUUAAUUCUUCUUCUUUUUUU